GCCAACGGGCCACCCAGCGCCCUCCCCUUCGUCUCUCUCUCUCUCUCCUCCCCCACCCCCGCUCUCCUUUGGCCCGGAAAGCAACUCCCCCGUCCCCGCUCCCCCCAAAUCGAGCAUGGGACGAACCCGAAAAGGAAACACUUCAAAACCCUAAGAUUCCCCAUCCCGGCGAUCCCCUCUGUCCUCUCUCUCGCGUUAUUCCUAUUUUAGUUCUGUCAUCGGGGACGGCCGUGAACCCUAUAGAGCAAUUCGAGGCGGCGCGGUACCAGGUCACCAUUCAUAUUAUGACCAUCCACUUGAAGCAAUGCCUAUGAGCGACUGAUGCUUAGAGUGGCUAUCCCAAGAGGAAAGGAGGAUAAACAUGUUCUUAAAAUGUCGAUCAUUUGGUGUUGUUUCUGUUAGUGGUCAAUAUCUAUUAUAUAAUCAGAAAUCUUUGUGCUGGGGAAUAUUGUUAUUUAUUUUCCAGUACAGAAGCCACGGGCUUGGAGGGGCAAUCUUGUAAUUUUCCUCUAUAUUUUUGUUCUUUUUGUUCUUUUUUACCUUACACAAUCAGGGGCUACUAUCAAAUGUCAGAAAGUGACAUGGCAAUUAUCAAACCAGAGGCUAUGAAGUCCUAUAUUUGGCUCCAAUGUGCUGAUGGAUCAAUCCAACAAGUUGAAGAGGAGGUUGCUAUGUUCUGCCCCAUGAUAUGUCGAGAGAUACUUCAGACAGCCAUGGGUUCUUCUAAGAAUUAUGCUAUUUCUUUACCCCAGCGAGUUAAUCCAGCCAUACUUAGCUUAGUUCUUGAUUAUUGUCGGUUUCAUCAAGUUCCAGGCCGCUCUAACAAGGAGCGGAAAUCUUUUGAUGAGAAAUUCAUCAGGAUAGAUACCAAACGAUUAUGCGAGUUGACUUCUGCAGCUGACAGCCUGCAGCUAAAGCCUUUGGUUGAUCUCACUAGUCGAGCGCUUGCCCGCAUGAUAGAAGGAAAAACACCUGAGGAAAUUCGUGAGACUUUUCAUUUGCCAGAUGACCUCACUGAGGAAGAGAAGUUAGAGCCAUUGAAAAAUGCUAAUGAUGAUCUGCGGAUCAGGCUACUAAAUCGACUAUAUGCUAAGAAAAGAAAAGAACUGAAGGAGCGACAGAAACAAAAGGAUGUGGAAGUUGAAGCACAGCGAAAAGAUGAACGUUCAGUUGAUGAAAUAUUAUCUUUCAUAAAUGGAGAUGGAGACUCAAGGACUGCUAAAGCUGCUAAGAAUAAAAAGAAAAAUAGGAGGAGAAAAGAGCAACCAAAGUAUUCCUCUAGAACUGAGUCUGAUAAAUUGCCCAAGAAGGAAGUAUCAACUGUUUGUGUGGUAAGAAAUGAAGCUGGUAUUGGUUAUUCCCCUAGUCCAAGUCGAAUUUCAGAAAUGCAAGACAGUGCUGAAGAUGCAUUUGCACCAAAGGUUGAUUUUGAAGAUGUUGAUAUUGAUGACGGGUUAGAUCCUGCAAUGAAGGAAGAGCUUGACAGAGAAGUAGAAGACUUCGCUAGGAGGCUGAACUCUGAUUGGCCUGAGAGAAUGCAAGAAAUAUUAUCCUUAAGCCAAGAAAGCAGGGCUGUUCCAGAUUUUAUGAAUGGGAAUGUGUCCCUUCGAAGAUACACAGGGUUGGAUGGGAGAUAAAUAAUGGAUGAAUUUGGCACCACGACUUUCACACGAUUUUUGCAUGGAUGGAUCUGUUUUGUGAAGUCUAGAGAAUGCCAUUGGCACAAUUUUUUGGUUGCUUGCUGAAAUGCCAUCACGAGUCAAGGAGCAUGUAAAAUAGUAGCGUGCAUGCGUUCAUGUGCAACCUCUGAGAUUGAUAAGUCCUUGCCCCCAAUCGCUGCAGAAUGGCUGGCUCUCUAUUUGGAGAAUUUGUGCAUUUUUUACUUUGUUUUGCACUCCUGCAUCGGCAAUUUUUAUGUGUAAUUAACAUUAUCAGAUGGUAAUAAGGCUAGAAAAUCCAAUAUUGUGCUUCUUGGUUGCCUCUGGAAAUAAGUGAUUGUUGCAUCUGUGCCCC